GCAAAAGCCACAAAACAUGAGCGCAUGCCAAAACGAACCCCCAUGGGGACGCGUGAAAUCCACUUCCCAAUCAAUGGGAGGUGACGACCAUCCUCGUCUUCUGCGUUCUUACGUGGGAAUGACUUCCAGCGCUACCUCGUUGUACCUCUUCUCCUCAACAUCGCUGAUAAAUGUUCCCCACGCGCAGAUCUUCAUCACGUAAAAGCGCGUCAACUUUCUCAGACUAGUGCACCUUCCUCGCUCAAAUCACUCUCUUAUACUCGUCAUAGGCUCAAAACUUUCCUGGUUCAUGUUCAUUCAUACAACAACCAGACAACUCCCAUUCUUCUUUCUCCUUAUCAUUCCCAAAAUCCGUCGAAAUUUGCGGAGAAUCCUGAUCAGAUCACCGGUUCCGCCAUGGAAACCCACAGGAAAUUCAAAUUCCGGCCGUCGCCACCUGUAUUUCCCGGUUCAUCCACCGCACUCGUCGCCGUUUCAAUAUAGCCAUUGAAUCUUAGAGGGACCACGACGAUGACGAAUAAGCUAUCAAAUCGUUCCCUAAACUAAAAGAAAAAAAGAGAAAGAAAACUCGGAAGUUUCCAUUUGGGUAUUAGCAAAUAUAAGUAGUAGCAAUGGCUGCCACCACAAACACGCCUUCUUCUACUACUCCGGCUAUGGACUCCCCGUCGGCCGACGAGCUUACUGCAAAAGCAGUAAACAAGCGUUAUGAAAGCCUGGUCAUGGUUCGAGCCAAGGCAAUGAAAGGUAAAGGGGCUUGGUAUUGGUCACACCUAGAACCCAUGCUGGUUCACAACACUGAAACUGGGCUUCCCAAGGCGGUGAAGCUGAGAUGCUCUCUCUGUGACGCCGUCUUCUCAGCCUCCAAUCCUUCUCGAACAGCUUCAGAGCAUCUUAAGCGUGGAACUUGCCCCAAUUUCAAUUCUGUAGCAAAACCCAUCUCGUCCAUUUCACCCACAUCUCCGGUUUUGUCUUCUUCGCCUUCUUCUUCCGCUCACCACAACCACCGAAAGAGAACUUCCUCUUCUUCUGCUGCUAUGUCGUAUCAGGUUCAGCCGCUUGCCGUCGUAAAUCCGCCUCGGUUCAUCGGCGGUGACAUCCCGACGUACCCGUCAGCAACCUCGUCUGUUGCUACAUCGACAUCGUUGGUCACAGCCAGACAGCAGCAACCGCAUUUGAUGUUGUCGGGUGGGAAGGAUGAUUUGGGAGCUUUAGCUAUGUUGGAAGACAGUAUUAAGAAGCUGAAAAGUCCUAAAACGUCUCAAGCAGCACCGAAUCUUAACAAAACCCAAAUCGAUAGCGCGAUCGAUUAUCUCGCUGAUUGGGUUUACGAGUCUUGUGGGUCGGUGACGUUUUCCAGUUUGGAGCAUCCGAAGUUUAAAGCUUUCCUUAACCAGGUCGGUUUGCCUGCAAUUUCUUGUAGAGAAUUCACCGGUUCUAGAUUGGACGCGAAGUAUAGGGAAGUGAAGGCCGAGUCAGAAGCAAGAAUCAGAGAUGCUAUGUUCUUUCAGAUAGCUUCUGAUGGGUGGAAAGGCAAUACCAAGAAUUAUUCUGAAGAAAAUGUUGUGAAUUUGAGUGUGAAUCUUCCCAAUGGGACAAGUUUGUACAGAAAGGCUGUGUUCUUCACUGGUUCUUCUGCUCCUUCUAACUAUGCAGAAGAAGUCUUGUGGGAGACAAUCUCUGGCAUUUGUGGCAGCGUCCCACAACGGUGUGUUGGGAUAGUUGCAGACAAGUUCAAGUCCAAAGCUUUGAAGAAUUUAGAGAAUCAGAAUCAUUGGAUGGUUAAUCUUUCUUGUCAAUAUCAAGGUUUCAAUUCUCUGAUGAAGGAUUUCAACACGGAGCUUCACUUGUUCAGGACUGUCACAGGGAAUUGUGUGAAGCUCGCGAGUUUUGUGAAUCACAAGUCUCAGAUUCGCAAUAGUUUCCAAAAAUAUCAAAUGCAAGAGUACGGGCACGCCUGGUUACUACGAGCACCAUCAAGAAGAGACUUUGAAGUUUUCAACUUCAGGCAUGUAUAUACAAUGAUAGAGGAUAUAUUAAGCUCAACCCGUGCGUUACAGCUGAUUCUGCUCGAUGAAUCGUUCAAGAUGUUAUCCAUUGAAGACCCAACUGCGAGAGAGGUUGAAAACAUGAUUCGUGAUGUGAGUUUUUGGAAUGAGUUAGAGGCAAUGCACUCGUUGGUCAAGUUGGUGAAGGACAUGGCUCGUGAGAUUGAAACAGAGAGACCACUGGUUGGUCAAUGUCUUCCUCUUUGGGAUGAACUAAGAGCCAAAGUCAAAAUCUGGUUCUCAAAAUUCCAUAUUGCAGAAGAAGAAUCAGUCAACAAUGUGAUUGAGAAACGUUUCAAGAAGAAUUAUCACCCUGCUUGGGCUGCUGCUUAUAUUCUGGAUCCUCUUUAUCUGGUAAGAGACACAAGUGGUAAGUACCUUCCACCAUUCAAGUGCUUGACACCAGAGCAAGAGAAAGAUGUGAACAAGCUCAUAACCAGACUUGUUUCUGGAGAUGAAGCUCACAUUGCUUUAAUGGAGCUCAUGAAAUGGAGAACCGAAGGGCUCGACCCGGUUUACGCUCAAGCUGUACAGAUAAAGGAGCGGGAUCCUAUUACAGGGAAGAUGAAGAUUGCUAAUCCACAAAGCAGCAGGAUUGUGUGGGAGACUUACCUCACAGAGUUCAAGUCUCUAGGAAAAAUUGCAGUGAGGUUAAUAUUCCUUCAUGCAACUUCAUGUGGAGUCAAAUGCAAUAAUAACUUGUCUUUGUUGAGAUGGAUCUGCGGACAUGGACGUUCCCGGAUCGCAAUGGACCGAGCACAGAAGAUCGUAUUCAUUGCUGCUCAUUCAAAACUCGAAAGGAGGGAUUUUUCCAGUGAUGAAGACAAAGAGGCAGAGAUAUUUAGCUUACGAAACGGUGAUGAGGAUGAUGUGUUGAAUGAGGUUCUUGUAGAUACAUCCUCAGUGUAACAUCUUUUGUCUCUCUUUCUUUCUUCUUCUUAGGAAUUUUAAUCUUAGGAUUGAUCGAAUUCUUUCCACUACCCUUUUUUCCUUCUUCUUCUUCUUCAUCUUCUUCUUCUUGGCUUUGGUCCUAAUUUUCUUUAAUCCUCCUUCUGUAUUUUGUUCACUGGGAGGAUUUUGGGACAUUGAUGGAGAUUGAAUUUUGUAUCAAAA